CGAAAUUCAUCAGGGAGUGAGUUUUUGAGAGGAAUACAUUUAUACUGUUUUUGCUGACUGACACGACUUUUUAAAGUUGGCCAGUGGUGAACAGUCACUACCAUGCAAGCCCCCAACCACUUCCAGGCGGUCAACAUUCUGACCCAGCAACCCAAUGUCCCCCCUCCUGCCCGCUCCCGAUACAGGAAGUUUGACAUCUACCGAGACGUGGGCCAGUUUCGUUUCAUAGAUGAACAUGCCAUCUCAGUAGCCAGCCAAGACCACAAGACUUUCCGGGAUCUAAUAUGGCACCUGGUCUACAGUCAAAAUUACCAGUCGGACUUGGACAAAGCCAGGGCAAUCUUCAGAUGGAUGACUUGCAAGAACAUGUACACAAUCAGUUUUGCCAAUGUUCCCAAAGGAUCCCCAGAAGAAGUGCUGGAGUCCUUCAAAAACAAGAAAGGGACAUACGCCAGAAUAUUUGAAACUCUUUGUGGGCAUGCUGGCCUGUUUUGUACCGUGCUAACUGGAUUUGCUAAAGGUUUGGACUACAGACCAGGGGACAAAUUUAAGGGGACAGAAUACAACCACAGCUGGAAUGCAGUGUACAUAGACAACAACUGGUACCUUGUGGAUUCACACUGGGCCACACGAUACCUCAUCUCUGAGAAGAACAUGCCCGAAAAUCUGGCGUCUCAUCGUACAGUAGCGGUGUAUGAAUAUGACGACUUCUACUUCAUGACUGAUCCUGAGCAGUUGAUUUACAGUCACUGGUCCCAGCGCGAGAAAUGGCAGCUCUUGUCCCGACCCCUCAGUCUGGCCGAGUUUGAGGACCUCCCUCUGGUUAAAUCCUACUUCUUCAAAUGUGGCAUGUACUUCAUGUCCCACCAAAAGGGGGUGGUUCCAACACAGAAGGGAAAAAUCGCCAUCACUGUUGGGUUUGUGAAACCCACUAACUUCACGUACAAGAUUGUCUUUGCUGAAAAUGGAGAAGAGACCUACAAAGGGCAUAAGUUGAAAAGUUACGCCUUGCAGGAGACAUCUUAUAAUGAAGUAACUUUUAUCCUCCGAGCACCAAAGUCAGGUCCAUACUACUUCACCAUCUUUGCCCAACUGCUGACAGGGGAUAUAGGGGUGAAGAAUGUCUUCACUGCUUCUGCAGAGUAUAAAAUCAUUGCAGACACUACUGCCUCAGAUGCCUUGCCUCUGCCCAACUGCUCGGACAGUAACUGGGGCCCAGGGAUUCCCGUCGAUCAGCUUGGCCUGGAACCAUCGCAGAAGGAUGCCAUCAUCACCACCACAGACGCCAAAGUUCAGAUGGAAUUCAAGAAGAACAAACCUGCCUACAUUCUUUGUAAACUCAGAAAGGAUGGGAUGAGAGAUGAGGAUUUGGAGAGAUGUGUGGCAGAUCAGGAAAAGGGAGAUAACAUCGUGGUGACGGCUAAUCUCCCCAUGCCUGGAGAGUAUGGUCUGGAAAUUUACGGCAAUGAUCCAGCAAAAGAUGGGGACACCUACACUCACAUAUGUCAGUACUUUGUCCACUUUGCCCCACCACAAGAUCAGGCCAAGGCCUUUUACCAGGAGGCACCCAAGCGGCACCAGGUACCACCGGCACAGCAAGCUUAUAUUACCAAUGGCUACUCACCAGAUAACACAGGGUUGAACCAGAAUAUGGCCAACUUGAACAUGGGAGGACCAGGCUAUGGAGGAGAAAUUGAUCUGGACAACCUCCCUCCCCCUCCCCCAGAACUUCUCCAGCAGCAAUACUUGUAUGGGACAGUCCCUGACAGCAGGCAGCAGGGUGUGUACAGCCAGUUUGCUCACCCCCAGGGUCAGGCUUCACACGGUUUCACCCCAGGGACUGGGAAUGUGCCCAUGCCUCCCCCUCAGAAGGCAGGGAUUAGCAAUAUUCCCCCAAGCAAGCCUAUUCAGGUUGAAAAGCGUUCUGUUGGACAGCAGCCUCCCACUGCUCCAUCCUCAUUUAAACUGGUUCCCGUCAGAACAGAACAAGAAAAAGCUCCACCACCGGUGGCCCCUUCCACAGCCCCAGCCAGCCAGAAACCAAGCCUGGAUCAGAUUGAUCGCCAGGUUCUACACACAGUAGAUGAUCAUGCCAUACAGGUAUCCAAAAGUGAACAUCCAAGUUUCAGGGAAUUGGUUUGGGAUUUGAUCUUCUCCAAAGACAUCACAAAUGAAAUAGAAAAAGUCCGAGUCAUUUUCCGAUGGUUAGCAACAAAGAAUCUAAAGGAGAUCAACUUUGACAAGGUGGAGAAAGGAAGUCCCGAGGAGGUACUGCUGGGACUCAAGGAGGGAAAAACCACAUACGCAAUGGUGUUUGAUACAAUGUGCAAUUUUGCGGGAUUGCACUCCAGAAUCAUUAGUGGCUAUGCUAAAGGGGCUGAUUACAAACCAGGCAUGAAAUUCACACCAGGCACAAACCAACACUCCUGGAACGCCGUAUACAUCUACGGUACCUGGUGUCUAGUGGACGCCCACUGGGCCGCCAGGAGGAUCAUCGGAAAACCCACUUCUCAGGAGGAGUUCCAUUACCAGCUAGAUGAAUAUUUCUUCCUCCCAGACCCCCACCAACUUAUCUAUACCCACUUCCCAGAUGACCCCCAGUGGCAGCUUUUGGAGAGGCCCAUUACUCUGGAAGAAUUCGAGAACAUGCCUCAUAUGAAACCCCAAUUUUUCAAAUAUGGACUAGAGUUUGUGAGUCAUCGUACAGCAGUGAUUUAUGGACGUGGUGAAUUGAAUGUCAGAUUGAGGUAUCCCGCCCACAAGCUGGCUGUUGCAUUCAACUUCACUGUGCAAUUUGAGAAUGGUGAUGAAGAAUACAAAGGUGCAAAACUGAAUCGGUUUGGCAUGCAGGAGAGUGUUGGGGGCAUUGCUUCCUUCCGCCUCAGGCUACCUGUGAAGGGAUCUUACAUUCUUUACAUCUACGCCAAAGAAGACACACCAGAAAACAAAGAUAAUGUUUACGCUCAAGUCUGUGAAUACAAAAUUGUCCAAGAGGAGGUUUCAGUACCAGAGCCUCAUCCCUUCCCACCUUGUGCUUACCUUAACUGGGGUCCUGGCACGUCUUUCUACAGGUAUGGUCUUGCCACCUACCAGCAAACGGCUCAGAUUCUGACGAGGGACGGAAAGGCCGAGUUACAGAUCCGAAUUCCCAGACAGAUGCAGUUCAUGGCAAAACUGAAACACAAUGAUCGUAGUGAUGCUGACCUUGAAGGCUAUGUUAUUCAUAGGAUUGUUGGAAACACUGUGUAUUUUAACAUCACUGCUCCAAGUCGCGGUGAAUUUGGACUAGAAAUUUAUGCCAAUGACCCAGCAACAGAAGGUUCAACUCUGUACCAUGUGGCCCAGUAUCUGGUGGAAUGUAAUGAAGAUGUGAAAACAGUUCCACUACCGAAGCUGCCUGCAGGUUACUUAGGAGCACAACCUAAAUUCAAUGACUUUGGCCUGAAUACAUUGAGUCAUCAUAUCCCUGUAAUUCACCUUGAAACCAACUCAGUAGAAAUUCAGUUUUCAACUGCCCAGGAAAUGAGAGUAACAGCUAAUCUGAUAGAAGUUGAAAGUGACCGAGAGAUGCCUGAAUUUGUUUUCACCCAGACAAAAGGCUCCGUGGUCAGUUUCCUCGUUAACAUGGCAUCCGUAGGGUUCUACAAGCUACAGCUCUAUGCUAUCCCCAUCAAUGACCCCAACCAACAACUACCAGGGGUUUACAAUUAUCUAAUCAACUGCCAGAGGAAAACCAAAGAAGUGUAUCCUUUCCCCAAGCAGUAUGCUCAGUGGAAAGAAGGAUGCUACAUGUGGGAGCCUCUUGUUGUCCACAAGGAUAUCGGAAAACCUGUUGUCAACUUCCAUGUUCAGAUUCCAAGGGCGGAAGCCGUUGCCGUGGUAACAGAUCAGGAGUGGACCCAUCUUCAGUCUUCACAGCCAGGCAUUUGGCAAGGGGAAGUAAAUUUGGCACCUUACUAUGGUAAAGGAAUAAAGUUCACCUUGAAUGCCAACUUUGGCGGCGAUAAAACUAGUUAUGCAACACUGCUUGAAUAUUCAAUUUAGUUAAGUAUGUCAGUGAUUUAUAGACUAUUAAUUUUUUUGUGAUUAUUUAUGUUAAUCAAACAAUUAAGCAAGCAUAAUGUGUACACCUGCUUAACAAAUAUAAUUAUAUAUUUCUUUCUCAGUUUUUAGAAAUGCUUUUGAAAGUACUUGCAUGUACAUGACAUUUAUAUUUGUGUUGAUGCCUUAAGUGCAGUUCCUGAUUUAAAUGAAACAGCUGAAAUGACUGAACUAUAGAAAAAUAUGAUAUUAUUGUAUUUUUAAACAAAUUUAUCAUCUGUCAACCAUGAUUUUAAGCAUUUAUUGAUAAUACCUACAAUUUUGCAUUGUCAUUUUAUUCUGGGGGAUCAAUUUUUGUUUUCAUUUUCUUGUUGUAGAUGUUAAGUUGCAUCAUUUAUUUUUUGUUUUGCUAGGCUGAUAUCUAUUUUGUGAAAAUUUUUAUAGCUUGUUAAACAAGUGCUUUAAUACAUUGUAUACAUUGUAGUGUUUUAUUGUUAUAAUGAUCAUUGUUCCAGGGGACAUAAUGCUGUAGGAACCUAUUUUGUGCAUGAACGUCACACACAGAGAAUGAAAUAUUUUUUUUUAAUUUUAGAAAUUUGAAAGCUGUUUAAGAGAUGUAUUGUUUUGAAGAGAGUUUUUGUAUUUUGAUCCAAAUAGAAGUCUACAGAAUCUGUUCCUUUGUCUAGUGCAAUCACUUACAUGUAUUUGUAUGUAGCCACAGAUUGAGUACAUUUUGUAAAAGACCAUUAUAUUUCUACAAGCUUUUGGAUAUCGCACCAUUUUUACACUAGUCAUUUCAGUGGGUUUACCAAUUAAUUUUUGGCAUUGUCCAAUAAUUCUAAUUGUAGUUGUAAAAUUCACAUUUUUAUGUCACAUUUAUGUGCUGCAACUGGGAAAUUUGUUUUCAAUCCUUGAUAUUUUUUUUAUUUCACAUUUACAUGAAUAAAAGUUUACUGUAGCAAAUUAUAUGUUAACUCUUGAUAUUAAAAAACACACAUAAAUUAAGCAUUAAUUUUGUGAGGACAUUGCUCUGGAUUUGUUUCCAAAUUUUAUCUAUAUAUACAGUUUUAUUAUGCUGAAACCUAGAUGUGUUCAAAAAAUGCUUCCCUUUUGGAAACAAAAAUGAAAGAUGAAAGUGUACUUUUAAACUGAAAAAGUAUAGAAUUAUUUCCUACCUUCAGAAUCUUUAAUUAUGACUUUUUUAUGUAUGUCUACAACUUAAUAGUCGUAUAGUGAUGGCAUUACACAUUAACUUCUCAAUAUGAAGCAAUAUACAUGUAUAUGUAAACAUGCCUUUUUUUCAUUUCUGUUUUAUAUACAACUGUUGUAAAGUUGUUUGUAGGUAGGAAGUGCUAGGAGUGUUGUUGAGGUCUUGAACAAUCUGUGUCUUUUUAUAAAGCUUUAUAGAAUAGUUUAUCAAUUUGAAGCACAAUAAAGCCAAGCUUAUUAA